AUGUACUCGCCAUACGGCAACAUUGCGCAGAACUUGCAGCACCCACAACCACAACACGCCAGCUCGUUUCUGAGCCAAUCCCAGUACGGGAACACACAGGGAGUGCCGGCGCAGGGAGCACAGGGAGCAGCACCAGGACAGGCUGGUGGGGCCCCGUACAGUGCAUUUCUAAACGACCCGGCCACGUCGAUGGCGGCACAAUUUGCCAAAAGUAGUUUUGGUAGUUCGAAUCAGUAUAUUCAACAGAAUUUUGGAUCUUUUAUACCGGGGACUCUGGACUUGAAUUAUUAUUUCAAAGUCAGCAACUCUUAUGUUAUGAAGAAGAUUGGUUUGAUUCUCUUCCCUUAUAGAAAUAAAAACUGGAGUCGUUUGACUGCUUCUGAUCCUGCAAUUAGUCUGGGUUCUACUGGGAUUGCUUCCCCAGUUGGCGUGGCCACUCCUGGUAACAUUUCUUUUGCUCCUCCUGCUUACGAUGUCAAUGCUCCUGACUUAUAUAUUCCUUUGAUGGCUUUUAUUACUUACAUCUUAUUAUGGUCAUUAUUCCAAGGUAUCAAUGGGGAAUUCCAUCCCCAAUUAUUUGGUUAUUUGGCUUCUCAAACUUUGGCUUGUUCAGUCCUUGACAUCUUCAUCUUCAAAAUCGGUCUCUAUUUAUUGAACUGUUCCACCCAAAGCUCAAUGUGGGAUUUGAUCGCUUUCAGUGGUUACAAAUAUGUCUCCAUCAUUGUUCUCUUAUGUUGGAAACACUUGAUUGGUGGUGGCUGGUUUAUUUAUUACGCCGUGGUUCUCACGGUCACUGCAAACUUAUCUUUAUUCCUUAUGAGAUCCUUGAAGUUUCUUGUUUUACCAAGCUCCGAUUCCGUUACUAGUACUGCUAGUAAUUCCAUUUCUUCAAGACAACGUAAAUUGAGAAUUCAAUUCUUAUUCAUCUACGCCGUUGUCGUUCAAUUCUUCAUCAUUCUCUUCAUGAGUAGAUAA